AUGGUGAUUACGAGAAAAAGACUUCGUUCGUCCUUAGGGAAGCCUGUUACUCCAAGGCAACGGGAAAGCCAGCUUGGUAUUCCAAUGGCGCCAACGUUUUAUCCUUCAACGGAGGAAUUUACCGAUGCUCUUUCGUACAUUCACAAGAUAGCAGAGAAAGGAGAAAAGUAUGGAAUUGUAAAAGUCGUUCCUCCGUCUAAUUGGCAUCCAAAGUUUUACUUAAGCAUGGAACAGUUCCAUUUUCCGACUCGGAGGCAAGAACUAAAAAUGAUGAAUAUCCAUUUUCGUACAAAGGCCGAUUAUGAUGAAAGAAUGUAUCGGUUUUUUAAAAACAAGAAUGCUGAUCUCCCAGUACAGCUUAAGAUCCAGAAAAAGCCUGUUGACAUAUAUAUGUUUCGAUGCGCUAUACAGUCGACCGCAGGCACUGUAUUCGGAUCUUUGUCGGACAAGCAAUGGUCCUCCGUUCUGGAACGUAUUGACUUGCGGCCAAACCCCUCUUCCAUUAGAGACGCAAAGAGCCUUCACCGUCGGUUUAUCCUACCCUUUGAAACCUUUGUUGCCCAAAUUCGAACAGGAAAACCAGAUAGCGACAAAGUAAAGUUAAAUGGGAAAGACGAUUUGGGUAGCGCUGUUGCCGAACGAGAAUCAUCGGACAUUGCCAGCCAAUCUAAACUCCAGUGUAAUAAUUGUCAUUCCUCUAUUCCAUCUCAAGACCAAUCUCCUCGCAAAGAAUUCUACUGCGAUCAUUGCAUAGCAUUUCAUGAUUCUUUUGGCUUUGAACCAGGUGGUUCUUAUACGCUUUCACAAUUUAAAAAGAAAGACAGCUCAUUUAAAAAACGCUACUUUGGUUCGACAAUCCAGAGCGAUCACGAAAAUGAAGUGGAAAGUGAAUAUUGGAGGCUUAUGGAGUCUUCAGACGAGUCAAUGGUUGUUGAGUAUGGAGCUGAUUUAUCUACUACAGAAUUCAGAAGCGCAUUUCCGACACUACGAACUGACGCAGAUGAUCCCUACGCAAGUGAUGAAUGGAACUUGAAUAGAAUGCCGACAACUGAAAAAUCACUUUUACAACACAUUCACUCUCAGAUAUCAGGAAUUACAGUCCCGUGGCUAUAUGUUGGUAUGUGCUUCUCCACGUUUUGCUGGCACAUGGAAGACAAUUACACAUACUCCAUUAAUUACCAACACAUGGGAGCCACCAAAACUUGGUAUGGCAUUCCGGGCACCCAAGCAGAUUCACUUUUGGAGCUUGCGUCUUCAUUAGCUCCUGAGGUUAUUUUAAAGGAACCGGAUCUGAUGCAUCAAUUGAAUACGAUUAUCAAUCCUAAGACCCUUUUAAAGAACAAUGUUGACGUAUAUUUCCUCGAUCAGCAUCCCAAUGAGUUCAUAAUUACAUUUCCCAAGGCUUUCCAUUCUGGUUUCAAUCACGGUUUCAAUGUUAAUGAGGCUGUAAACUUUGCGCCAGCCGACUGGUUAUUGAACGGCCAUUCUUUAAACAGCAUUAUUGACUAUGCGAAGAUCGGGAAACAACCUGCGUUUUCACACGACGAACUUUUAACUUCAAUGUGUGAAUCCACGGAAACUAUUGACUUAACGUUUCAACCGUGGGUGGAAGAAAUGAUUAAUCGGGAAAUGUUUGGAAGAGCCAAUGUUCGCAAACAUUUAUCUCUAAAUGAGUACGUGAAUCCUGAGGAAUCGAAUGAUAGACAGCAUUUUUGUGUGACAUGUUCUUCCAUUUGCUUUCUUUCUCGGAUAUCUUGUCAAUGCCAGAGAUUUGUAUAUUGUCUAAAUCAUUUCCGGGAAGCCGCAAGCUCAUGCAAGUGUGAAAGGAAAUACUCUCUUAUUUGUUACAUGUCUGACGGAAGUCUUACUUUGUUACGGAAGAAGUUCUUAAAAACAUGA